GAGAGACGAAAAGAUUUACAAAACCAACUUCGACUGCUACUUCACGCCCACAAGUGCCAACAAAAUGAUCAACUACUACAACAACAACUACAGCAGCAGCAACAGCAGCAACAACAACAUCCGCCUGUUAAUGGUUGCCAGUUGCCGCAGUGCGCCAUGAUGAAGCAGACAUUAAAGCACAUGAUGGAGUGCAAGGAUGGAAAAACAUGUAAAGCUCCAAAGUGUGCAACCUUGAGGCAAAUAAUAACCCAUUGGAAAAAUUGUAACCGGGAUGAGUGCAUGUUCUGC